AAUUUCCCUUACUAACUUCAAAUCUCAACCAUUUUCUCUAACUGACCCAUCAUUUUAAUCUUCAUUUUAUCUUCUUUAAUCUCUUCAAAAUUAACCUAAAUUAAUAAAAAACAAUUCCCAUUUAAUUGCCACUUCAAAUUAAGAGAGAAAACACAAAACUCUCUUCGUUUUCUUUCUAUGAAAAUGUAAAAGGAAAAACAAAUCCUCAGUUUGUAUUUGUCCAAAGUACCUUCUCCCUUCAGGAUUUGCAUCCCAUAAUAACGAUCCGUUCUUUUCCACGUGUACGCCUCAGAUAUUUUCUUUAUUACAUGUUGGCAAUCCUUGUCCACUAGUACUGGCCAAUCUCAGCUCGUAUUUCCCUCCACAUCCAGAUUCUUCUUCCCCUAUAACUGUCUCCGAGCAGACCUUCGUCUCGAGCAUAUUCGAUAAGCGUUUGCGUCUUGAAAAUUUUGAUCAUGACAUCGACGGGAGAAGCUGCAGAAGUGAAAGUUCCGGCGGAGGAUGUUGCUCCUGUGGAGGUUGUUCCGGCUACGGAGGAGCCGAAGGAGGUAGAGAAGCCGGUGAAGGAGAAGAAACCUAGAGCUCCGAGGGAGAAGAAGCCUAGACAGUCUAAAGUUGCUUCACAUCCACCGUAUUUUCAGAUGAUCAAUGAAGCAAUCUCGUCACUCAACGAGAAGAAUGGAUCGAGUCCGUACGCCAUAGCGAAAUACAUGGAGGAAAAACACAAGGCGGUUCUUCCAGCGAAUUUCAGGAAAAUAUUGGCUCUUCAAUUGAAGAAUUCCACAGCUAAAGGAAAAUUGACGAAGAUCAAGGCAUCGUAUAAGCUCUCCGAAAUAGGAAAGAAAAAAGAUAAGAACGCAACGAAAGUCGCAAAAGCGAACGCCGAGAAGAUAACAAAACAGGCGAGAACGACGAGAACUACUGGAAGGAAGAGGAAGGCGGUGAAGAAGGAGGAGGCGGUGAGUAAGGCGGUGAAGAAGGUUGUUGCAAAGAAACCGAAAAGGUCUACUCCGGCGAAGCCGAAACAGCCGAAAUCAAUUAAGUCUCCUGCAGCGAAGAGGGCUAAAAAAGCGGUUGUGUGAAAUGUAGAGCAGAGUUUAAACAAGUUUGUGUUUGAAUCCUCUUCUGUGAAUAUCUUGGUUAAGAAUUACGAUCAUGUAGUGUGUAGAUCUAUUUUAGUGUUUUUGCUUCAUCUGCAAUGAAAAUAAAUCCUUUCUUGUUAUGAA